UUACAUAAAUGACAUCUUGGGGCAGAGAUUGAGUUGCAAAGCCUCCAACUUUUGAAUUUGAAACAGCUAAAGAGCCGUUGGAGUUGAGAAAAAACACACUCAGAGAGAAAAUAAAAUGGUGGAUAGAGAAAUAAAAAACGGCUCUGCAGCUUUUUCGUGGGCAGAUGAGGUUGAGAAAGAAGAGGAAGAACAAGCUCGGUUUCAGGAGCACCAGAAGCAGAAACCAAACCCUUUUGGCUCUGCCGGGCCCAGAGAAGUUGUUCUCCAGGAAAAAGGAAUUGAUUGGAGAAAACUCGACUUCCAUCUUCAACUACCUUCUCACAUAAGGCAGCUAGAUGAUCCGAAGCUACGUAAGGAAGAAAUCCCUGCCUCUGCUGCUCCAGGUAUCGACAGGAUACAUUCAUUUACCCCUAGCAAGUGCCUAAAACAUGAAAUGGAAGAUGCCAAUUCGGACUUGAAAAGAGGUGAAAUUUUGCGGGUACCUUUGGCUAUGCAGAACCAGAAUCCUGUACCAUUCGUACCUCCUCUAAGAUAUCCACCUAAAAAUGUCAUUCCUAGUUUGUCUGAGUCUGGCUUUCAUUAUUAUCUACAUGAAUUGAGCGAUGGGCAGCAAGAUUUAAAAAAAAAGAAGCCCCUGAAUCCCGAGAAAGAGAAUGCAUUUCAUCAGCAAGGGUCCCAUAGGGUUCAUUGCUCUCAAAAUAAUCGUGGAAGCCACAUUCUUCUUCACUGUCAUCGGCAAAUAUUGCAAGCUGAGCAAGGGAGCCAGUUUAAGGAGAAUUACGAAAAUUUCAAACUGGGGCAAUCAGUUGUUAAUGGGAAGAACUUGAGGAAAACAGCAGCUAGUAGAAUACAGCAUUCAGACCACUCAUGUGCUGGAGGUACAAGCAUCAAACAGAAGAAUGGCCUGGAAAGAUCUGUUGCCAAGAGAUCAAGUGGCACAGAAUUCAGUUUGAUGGCAGGAGAGGCAUGGAACCAAAGUCUAGUAGUAAAAAAAAUAAAAGGCGGCGAGAUGAAGGGGAACUAGGCAGUGAGAAACGAAUAUGAAAGGCAGGGGAAAACUCAAUUGUUGCCACAAUUUUGCUUUCAGUAAUAAAACAAUCGUUCCAAUAACAAAAGCAAUACAAAUUUUAUUCUGCCUAG